GGAGCCGGCGCCGAGGCUGCUCCUCCCCCGUCCCGGGUGGAAGCGCUCCAUCCACGUUUGCAAGUUUGUAGCGGCGGGAGGAGGAGCGGGAGGGCCGGGCCCCCUCCAUCCCUCCCCUCGCCGCCUAGAGCACCCUGCGGCUGCCCCGCUCCGGGCCCUCCAUGGCGGGGCCGGCGGCCGUGCGGUGGCGGCGGCGGCGGGGCCCCGGCUGCGGGGCGCUGCUGCUGCUGCCGGCGCUGCUGGUGAGCUGGGCGGCCUGCCAGGCGCCGCCGGUGCCCGCCGCCGAGCCCCCGUGGGACGGCGCCGACAUCAGCGUGGAGCGGCGCUUCGUGCCCGAGAGCUGCCCGCGGGCCGUGCGGCCCGGGGACUUCGUGCGCUACCACUACCUCGGAGCCUUCCCCGACGGCGCCCGCUUCGACUCCAGCUAUGACAGGGGAUCUACGUUCAACGUGUUUGUGGGAAAAGGCCAACUUAUUGCUGGCAUGGACAAAGCUCUAGUCGGAAUGUGCGUGAACGAGCGGCGGUUCGUGAAAAUUCCCCCCAAACUCGCCUAUGGGAGCGAAGGCGUCCCUGGUGUGAUACCCCCCAAUUCUGUGCUCCAUUUUGACGUGCUUCUGGUCGAUCUCUGGAACUCGGAGGACGAAGUGCAGGUUCAGACUUACUUCAAACCUGAGAAGUGUCCUCGGACAGUUCAGGUGUCUGACUUCGUCCGAUACCACUACAAUGGAACGUUCUUAGAUGGGACUCUGUUUGAUUCAAGCCAUAAUCGGAUGCGAACUUAUGAUACCUAUGUGGGAAUUGGGUGGCUGAUUCCUGGUAUGGACCAGGGUCUCUUGGGAAUGUGUGUAGGAGAGAAGCGCAUUAUCACCAUACCACCUUUCCUGGCAUAUGGAGAAGAUGGAGAUGGUAAGGAGAUCCCUGGCCAAGCUUCCCUCGUCUUUGAUGUGGUUUUGCUAGAUCUCCAUAACCCCAAAGAUGGCAUUACUAUUGAGAACCAGCACGUGCCUGAAUCUUGCGAGCGGAGAAGCCAGACAGGAGACUUCCUCCGGUACCAUUACAACGGCACGCUUUUGGACGGCACAUUGUUUGAUUCCAGCUAUUCACGAAAUCGAACAUAUGACACCUAUGUCGGGAAAGGUUAUGUGAUUGCUGGGAUGGAUGAAGGUUUGCUCGGUGUGUGCACUGGUGAAAAACGAAGAAUAAUAAUCCCCCCUCAUCUCGGAUAUGGAGAAGAAGGAAGAGGAAAGAUUCCAGGAUCUGCAGUGCUGGUCUUUGACAUCCAAGUGGUUGACUUCCACAACCCCUCAGAUUCCGUCAGCAUUACUGUUAACUACAAACCUUCCAACUGCACCGUACUGAGUAAGAAGGGAGAUUACUUGAAAUAUCACUACAACGCUUCGCUCCUGGACGGUACUUUGCUAGACUCGACACACAGCCUUGGCAAGACCUACAACAUAGUUCUGGGAUCUGGACAGGUGGUGGUGGGGAUGGACAUGGGCCUUCAAGACAUGUGUGUCGGGGAACGACGGACGGUUGUUAUUCCACCCCAUCUGGGUUAUGGAGAAGAUGGAGUUGAAGGAGAAGUGCCUGGUAGCGCUGUCUUAGUUUUUGACAUAGAACUGCUGGAACUGGUGUCUGGCUUGCCUGAAGGGUACAUGUUUGUAUGGAAUGGUGAAGUCUCUCCGAAUCUUUUUGAAGAAAUAGACCAGAAUCAUGAUGGAGAGGUUCUUUUGGAGGAGUUUUCAGAGUACAUUCAAGCUCAAGUUGAUUCUGGCAAAGGAAAACUGGCUCCUGGUUUUGAUUUUGAAAAGAUUGUUAAAAAUAUGUUCACCAAUCAAGACCGGGAUGGAAACGGUAAAGUUACCGCUGAAGAAUUCAAGUUGAAAGACCAAGAGGCCAAAGAGCAACACGAUGAACUGUAGAGAACAAGAACAAGAGUCCUGAGCUGACCUACUGUUUGGACGUGUGAACUGGAAGUGGUUUCGGCAAGCGUGUUUAUGGAAGAUGAGCACCCAGGUGGCCUGUGUCUGCCUGUGCCUGUGUGCUGGUAAGCUGUUAAAACAGGAAGAGAAUCACAGUUGGAAUUGUUGGUGUAUUUGAAAAAAAGCAUUAAGUGCCUCAAGAUAGGAUGUAUAAAUGGAUAAAGGGCCACAUGUGGCGUCAUGAACCAUGUGGUCGGUGUUUAUGCUAAAGAUUAGAAGUCAUCAUUGCACAAUACUCAGUCACAUGGAUGGAUGGAUGGAUGGAUGGAUGGUAGGGAGGAAACUUACCAAGUGCUUUUAAGAGUUUUAAAAAACCUUCUGUAUGCAAAACAUUUCUGCUGGACAUCAAACCAGAAAGUAUUCCCCAUGAAAAUAACCUGUAAAAAUGGUCAGACGUUGAGCCUGCUUCCUUUCAGAAGGCAUGAGCACUCUUUCCGAUAACUGAACAAACUCAUACGAAUAUUUGCCAGCGGGAACUCCCAUUUGCAAAUUGGAGAACAUGCAGAUGACAGCUAUGCCAUUGCAAAGUUUCCAUAAGCUGUGAAUUAAAUUAAACAGCCCUAGAAUUGUAACUGCGUGUGUUGGGUUUUUACCUUAUGAAUAAAAGUUUACUGCCAUCGGUAUUGUAUUUAAUUAAUAACCGUGGCUCUUCUUGCUGCCCUGUUGAAACAAGUUUCUGAUCAGUGAUUCCCAAGCCUUUCUAAUUGCAACCUUAUUUAUAGUUUUGUUAGACUUUAAAUAUUAGUAUUAUGGGGUCCAAAUGCUGUCUAAAUGCUGGAUACAGUUGCUUUUAUGUUGGGCUUCUGCAUCCUAUUUUGGGAAUUGUUAGGCUAAGGAGUAAGUACUUAGAGCUUAUGCUGCAGAGCAGCCUGGCGUGGUGAACAAACAAAAAGACAGUGAUGGAAUCAAGGAACAGACCCGUCCGUUUGUGUUUCCAAAUAUUCUGGCUUAUCCCUCAAUACCAAAUCAUCCCUGGGAGUGCUGUUUAGGUUAUGUGAACUCCCAGGACAAUGACCCAUUAGAUCUAUAAAUGUAGCAGGCUGCUUAAUAGAAAAUACACUAAACAGACAUGUUUUUCUGCAUCCCCCUCGGUACACUCCAUGUAGAGAGCACAAAUACAUAUAGUGCGGCACUGUCAGAGAAGUAGAAACGAGUUAUGUUGCCAUUACCAGCUUCGUGCCUCGUUCCUGUCUUUUCUGGAUCUGUACAUGUGGGUUGUAAGCUCCUCUUUUUAAAUGCUGGUAUUUCAAUUGGGUAAGAGCAUUUUGUAUUGGUUUUUAAUAUGGUUGUUAUAGAAAGUGCAGUGAAAUAUUUUUUUGAGUUUGAUACCAUUAAAUGUUGGAUAACUGAUCUUUUUGUUAAAUAAAAUGCUGAUCAACUCUUA